AUGGCUGAUUUAAUAGACGAACAUGGCAACCCGAUUCAACUCACCGACGAACACGGCAACCCUGUUCAACUCACCGACGAACACGGCAACCCGGUUUAUGUCACCGGUGUUGCCACCAAGCAUCCAGGAACUACGAGGACGCCAUCGGGAUUAAUGGGACCUGACACUGGCUUUGCCGCAGACCACCCGCAACAGAAGCUGCAGCGUCAACAGAAGCAGCAGCAGCCCCUGCAUUGGGGGGUUUCCAGCGGCGGAGAAAAGAUUCACCGCUCCAACAGCUCGAGCUCGAGCUCGUCGGAGGAUGAUGGGAAGGGUGGAAGAAGGAAGAAAGGGUUGAAGGAGAAAGUAAAGGAGAAGCUAUCAGGUGGGAAGUUUCCGGAGGAGGAGCAAUCGGGAACCAGAACUGAGGCCAUAAAAACCACCACAUUGGGCCAGCACCACCAGCACGACGGCGAUGGGAACGAGAAAAAGGGUAUAAUAGAGAAAAUAAAAGAGAAACUACCCGGUCAUCAUGGUCAUAAGCAUUAAAAAGU